UAAGGUGGCUGCACUGAAAGCCCUGGCUCAGGGAUACCAGACGACGCAGAUCUGAAUAAAUCACUUGACCAGGGGGUUGGCCCAAUUAUCAGCCUACCACAUGAUCUUUGUGAAGCAGGUUUCUAAAUUGCUAUGAACCAUGGCCCAACUGUACUACAAAAAGGUCAACUACUCACCAUACAGAGAUCGCAUCCCCCUGCAAAUUGUGAGGGCUGAGACGGAGCUCUCUGCAGAGGAGAAGGCCUUCCUCAAUGCUGUAGAGAAGGGGGACUAUGCCACUGUAAAGCAGGCCCUCCAGGAGGCAGAGAUCUACUACAAUGUCAACAUCAACUGCAUGGAUCCUCUGGGCCGGAGUGCUCUGCUCAUUGCCAUUGAGAACGAGAACUUGGAGAUCAUGGAGCUACUGCUGAACCACAGCGUGUAUGUAGGUGAUGCCUUGCUCUAUGCCAUCCGCAAGGAAGUGGUGGGUGCUGUGGAGCUUCUGCUCAGCUACAGGAGGCCCAGUGGAGAGAAACCGGUUCCUACUUUGAUGAUGGACACCCAGUUCUCCGAGUUCACACCAGACAUCACUCCCAUCAUGCUGGCUGCCCACACCAACAACUAUGAAAUCAUCAAACUGCUUGUCCAAAAACGGGUCACUAUUCCACGGCCUCACCAGAUCCGCUGCAACUGUGUGGAGUGUGUGUCCAGUUCAGAGGUAGACAGCCUGCGUCACUCCCGCUCCCGUCUGAACAUCUAUAAGGCUCUGGCAAGUCCCUCACUCAUUGCCUUAUCAAGCGAGGACCCUAUCCUAACUGCUUUCCGCCUGGGCUGGGAGCUCAAGGAGCUCAGCAAGGUAGAGAAUGAGUUCAAGGCUGAGUAUGAGGAGCUCUCCCAACAGUGCAAGCGCUUUGCGAAAGACCUGCUGGACCAAGCUCGGAGCUCCCGGGAACUGGAAAUCAUUCUCAACCAUCGAGAUGACCAUAGUGAAGACCUUGACCCUCAGAAGUGCCAUGACCUGGCCAAGCUGAAGGUAGCAAUCAAAUACCACCAGAAAGAGUUUGUUGCUCAGCCCAAUUGCCAACAGUUGCUUGCCACUCUGUGGUAUGAUGGCUUCCCUGGAUGGCGGCGGAAACACUGGGUAAUCAAGCUUCUGACCUGCAUGACCAUUGGGUUACUGUUUCCCAUGCUGUCUAUAGCUUAUCUGAUCUCACCCAGGAGCAACCUUGGUCUAUUCAUCAAGAAACCUUUUAUCAAGUUUAUCUGCCACACAGCAUCAUAUCUGACCUUCCUCUUCAUGCUUCUGCUUGCUUCUCAACACAUCGUCAGAACAGACCUUCAAGUACAGGGGCCUCCCCCAACUGUCGUGGAAUGGAUGAUAUUGCCUUGGGUUCUUGGUUUCAUUUGGGGGGAGAUUAAGGAAAUGUGGGAUGGUGGAUUUACUGAAUACAUCCACGACUGGUGGAACCUGAUGGAUUUUGCAAUGAACUCACUGUACCUGGCAACUAUUUCCUUGAAGAUUGUGGCCUAUGUCAAGUAUAAUGGUUCUCGUCCAAGGGAAGAAUGGGAAAUGUGGCACCCGACUCUGAUUGCAGAAGCACUCUUUGCGAUAUCCAACAUUUUAAGUUCGUUGCGUCUCAUAUCCCUGUUCACAGCCAACUCCCAUUUAGGGCCUCUGCAGAUCUCUCUGGGGCGAAUGCUGCUUGAUAUCCUCAAAUUCCUUUUUAUCUACUGCCUGGUCCUUCUGGCUUUUGCCAAUGGAUUGAACCAGCUUUACUUUUAUUAUGAGACCAGAGCAAUUGAUGAGCCAAACAACUGCAAGGGGAUCCGAUGUGAGAAACAGAACAAUGCUUUCUCCACGCUCUUUGAAACCCUUCAAUCACUCUUCUGGUCUGUAUUUGGCCUUUUGAAUCUCUAUGUCACCAAUGUGAAAGCCAGACAUGAGUUCACAGAGUUUGUGGGAGCUACCAUGUUUGGGACAUACAAUGUCAUCUCCCUGGUAGUGCUGCUGAACAUGCUGAUCGCCAUGAUGAACAACUCCUACCAGCUUAUUGCCGAUCAUGCAGAUAUUGAGUGGAAAUUUGCAAGGACAAAGCUCUGGAUGAGUUACUUUGAUGAAGGGGGUACCUUGCCACCUCCUUUCAACAUCAUCCCCAGUCCCAAGUCAUUUCUAUAUCUUGGCAACUGGUUUCAUAACACCUUCUGCCCCAAAAGAGACCCUGAUGGUAGACGGAGAAGGCGCAACUUGCGAAGCUUCACAGGACGCCAUGCUGACAGCCUGAUACAGAAUCAACAUUAUCAGGAAGUUAUCAGGAAUUUAGUCAAAAGAUAUGUGGCUGCUAUGGUAAGAAAUUCUAAAACAAAUGAGGGACUAACAGAAGAAAAUUUUAAGGAAUUAAAGCAGGACAUCUCCAGCUUUCGAUAUGAAGUGCUUGACCUUUUAGGAAAUAGAAAACACCCACGGAGAAGCUUUUCCACCAGCAGCACUGAACUCUAUCACAGGGAUGAUACCAAUGAUGGCAGUGGUGGGGCUCGGGCCAAAUCCAAGAGUGUCUCUUUCAGUUUAGGCUGCAAGAAAAAGGCCUGCCACAAGCCACCUCUCAUCAGAACCAGGCCAAGAGCCAGUGGUGCCCAAGGAAAGUCAAAAGCUGAGUCAUCAAGCAAACGCUCCUUCAUGGGUCCUUCUCUCAAGAAACUGGGUCUCCUAUUCUCCAAGUUUAAUGGUCAUACAUCUGAACCCAGUUCAGAGCCAAUGUACACAAUUUCUGAUGGAAUCGUUCAGCAGCACUAUAUGUGGCAAGACAUCAGGUAUUCUGAGAUGGAGAAAGGGAGAGCACAGGCCUGUUCUCAGAGUGAAAUUAACCUCAGUGAGGUAGAAUCAGGUGAAGCCCGGGGAGCUGCUCAGAGCAGUGAAUGCCCUCUAGCCUGUGCCAGCUCUCUUCACUGCAUACCCAGCAUCUGCUCCUCAAGUUCUAAACUUUUAGACUCUUCAGAGGAUGUGUUUGAAACUUGGGGAGAGGCUUGUGACCUGCUCAUGCACAAAUGGGGUGAUGUACAGGAAGAACAAGUUACAACCCGGCUCUAAGUCAAGCCCCUAUCACCUGUUCUGGAACUCAGCCGAAAAUUUGUAAUUUCCUUGCUCUCAGAAUUGACAUAGAAUAUAAUCCCCUCACUGCCCCACCCCUAGAAAGGAGAGUAAAACUCCUGUUAUUUUCACCAUCUUUUAUAGUCCCAUUCUCCACUUGUUGUUGUUAUUAUUAUAUUACUAUUAUUUGCCUUUGUAUACCUAUAAACACUAAGUCCAUUUGACAACCAACUGAAGGGGUGUGUGCCCCUAAUCAGCAGACAUGCAGUCGGGUGCUUAACCCUUUGGCUUUGCUUUUUCUUACCCUUGCUUCCUUGAAGCUCCUGGUGCCAGUUUGCUACUGUUGCUGCCGUACAGGUUCCUGACCUUCCUCAGGAUCUCCACACCAUUUCCCCACAG